AUAGUAGCAUCAGAAUCAUCAUUGUUUGAAACCGAAUUGAACGCUGCAAAAUUGGUAAAAUACAGUCUAUAGUGUAAUGUAUUACUUCUUGUUCUCUGUAACGUAUCUUUAAACAUUCAUUAACUAAUUUAUUUAUUUAAGUCCAAUAAACACAUUCAUAAUUCUUCCAUAUUCAUAAUCGAGUAUUUGAACUUUCAAUAGGUCUGACUUGAAUCAGUUAGAAUACCUAACAAUGUGCAUCAAAGAAGGACUGCGCUUACAUUCUCCAGUGGCUGCUAUUAGCCGUGAAACAACACAAGAUUUUGAUCUUGGCGAUAGAAUUGCCCCAGAAGGAACCAUGGUUAUUAUGAAUAUAUGGAUGUACCAUCAUAUGGAGAAAAUAUGGGGACCAGACCACAUGGAGUUUAAACCAGAACGAUUUUCUAAAGAAAAUAUCGAUAAGAUGGACCAUUUCCAGUAUGUACCGUUUUCAGCAGGACCUAGGAACUGUAUUGGACAGAACUUUGCAACGAACGAAGAAAAGAUUGUAUUGUCAAAGUUGCUGAGAAAUUUUACAUUUAGACUGGAUCCUGACCAUAAAAGUUAAGGGGAAACAUUUCAGCCGUUAUGAGAACGAAAGAUGGAAUGUAUAUGUUCGCUGAGAAA